AUGGUGCCUUGGAAAUCACUCGUCGUCGACUAUCUCUUUGCUACUGGUGUCUGCGUGGCAGUUGCUGUCGAGAGGCAGGGGUUCGAAGGAGGGCCGCUCAUGGCCCGUGCUCCUCCGCCCUCCGCUUCAGCUCCUUUUGUCGGGUAUUAUAACUACUUUUGGACCGACGGCAGUGGAAAUGUCACCUACACGAAUGGUGGUGGUGGGACCUACAAAAUUUCGGCGUCUGCAGACGCAGCUCACUGGAUUGGGGGGAAAGGCUGGAAUACUGGGAUUUCCUAUUCGAUAUCCUUCUCGGCGGACUUUCGCGUCAAUAACAAGGGUAUCCUCGGUGUCUAUGGAUGGACAGUAAACCCACUCAUAGAAUAUUAUGUCGUCGAAAAAUACGUCGGAUUCUACCCAGUCAGCGGAGGCAGGCUUGUUGGCCAGGUUGUAUCCGACGGCUCCGUAUACGACGUGGUCACUCUCACUCGAGUCAAUCAGCCCUCUAUUCGAGGUACUGCUACCUAUAUGCAAGUCCGAUCCAUUCGUUCCUCGCACCGCACAAGCGGGGCCGUGACGCUGGCCAACCAUUUCAAUGCUUGGAAGUCGCUUGGAAUUCUCCUCGGGUCGUUUGAAUAUCAAAUUUUUGCUGCCGAGGGCUUCUAUAGUGUCAGCAAUGUGGCUGUCACAAUCGCAGACGGCCCGGGCGCGACCACCACCAACCCAGUCAGUACGACUAGUACAAUUUCCUCGCAAAGGACGACCACCAGUCUAAUUUAG